AUGGCAGAAUUGGAGGAUAAAAGAGUACGAAAAGUUGUGGAUUACUCUAGUCAGAUGGCUUACACUCUUGGAGGUCUCGAGCGUAAAUGGCGUCAAGGAGGGAACGCCAGUGGUAACUGUUUGGAUAAUGAGAGGAAGGAUAAUAAAGAAAAGAGUAGACAUGAUAGAGAAAGACAUAGGGAACAUGAGAAGGACAGGGAUAAAGAUAGAAAAAAGGGACACAAAGAUAAGAAAUACAGGGAUAGAGACAGAGAUAAGAAAGACAGGGAUAAGAAAGGUAGAGGAGAUGGAGAGAAGAAAGAAAGAGACAAGGACAGGGAUAAAAGAGACAAAGGUAGAGACAGGGAUAAACACACGAGAGAGAAGGAUAAAUCAAGAAACCAAAAUGGAAAAGAGGAAGACAGGAGUGAGAAAAGAGAGAGAGAAAGAGAGAGCAAAGAAAGUACUCAUGAUAAAGAUACAACACACAAUGCAGAGAAGAGAGAUGGAGAUGAAGAAGAGAAAGAGAAUAAGAGUACUCCUGAAAAUAACAAAUACCAUCCCAUGACUUCCUCCCAGAGCUCCCUCCCAAGCAGGCCACCCAAACCAAGACUCACCAUUGACGAGAAAAUGUUCCAAAGACAACUGGAAGAGGCACUGAUACUAUCACGGCUUGAAAAUAAAGGAAAUUCUUGUGAGAAAGACACAAAACUGGACACAGAGACAACACAUGGUGAGGAAGUUGCGGUGACCUCCACAGUGCCUGACGUAAGUGGGACUCCAGAAACAGACAGCAGCCCAUCACUACUCAAUAACUAUGUACCCGACAUGGACACUGAGGAGACGACCAAACCACCUCCCCACCCCCAUGAUGAAGCCGUCACUACCGGGGCCAAUACAACUGUAGUCGAACUAAACUCUGAUGUUCUGCAAGUCAAGAAUUUUAAGGUUGCUUCAAUAUUAAAAAAAGGAAAAACUGGUGAGCCACAACCCAGCACAUCAACUGGCUUUACAGGCAAGAGACAAAGAAAAUCUGUGAAGUUUAAAGAAGGUAAAGUUUUCCUUAGUUCCUGUGAAUAAAAUACAGUGCACCAGACUGCAUGAAUAGGGUCUUGUACUUGGAAUCUUAAAGCUUCAUAGAGAAAAUUUAUCUUGAGUACUGUAACAGGAUGAGAAAAUUUAGUUGCCGUAGAAUCUUUGUGUACCGGUAAGUAAAUAAGACACCACAUAAGGCAUGCACUGAGUCUUGCUGAUUUAAAACAUCAUGUACAGUAAUUCCUACAUUCUCAUGUCACCAUUUAGAGGAGAAACUUAAUGUGUAGUAGUAUAAUAUUUCUCCAAUUCAGUCCCAGGAUUCUUAAAUUGAGGAGGGUUUUGGAUUCUGUAUUUGGGUAAGUUGAAAUUAUAUUGACUUUAACAGAAGCCUAUGAUGCAUGAUAGGUUACUAUCUACUGACUAAAAUGGGAGAGGAAGGGCUGAUUGAUGACUAAAAUGGGAGAGGUAAAGUGCUUUGAUGAGAAGUUGUGAGGAAAUGAAGAGAGAUGUGCAUGUGUGACUUUACAGAACACUGAUGCAUGAAGGAGAGAAUGAUAUGUGGAUAGAAAUAUAUAGGCAGCUGGAGUGUGUAAAGCCCCGUCCACACGAUCGAGCAGUGCCCGGCGGGCU